UCGGAGGGCUCGGACAGCUCGGCGGGCGGCUGGGCGUCGUGGAGGGUGUCCGGCGAGCACCUCCCCCUGGUGGUGGGCGGGGUGGCCGGUGGAGCCCUCAUCGUCAUGCUCAUCGUGGCGGCCGUCGUCUGGCGGCUGUGCGUCCUGCGCCGCGACAAGCAGUACCGCGUCCGAAUGGGGGAGAGCGUCCCUGAGGCCAGACCAGUUCAGCCGGUGAUGCCGAGCGAGUCCGCAGUGUUCGCCUCGCCCGUGUCCGGCCGCUGGGCGUACCAGAGCCGGCUGCUGGGGUCGGGGGGUUCCGAGUCCCCCCGCGGCAGCUCCACGCCCCCGGCGGGGCUGCGCUCGCCCUCGCUCGGCCCGCUGGGGGGCUCGCCGCUCGCCACGCCCCACCACCCCACGCCCCACGCGACGCCCCCGCCUCAGGCCUGGGUCUACGGGGACACCAUCAUCGCCGAGGCCAGGUCGGCGUCGGCGUCCGCCAGCCCCGCCGUGCACCGGUCCAUCAGCCUCCAGCUGGCGCAACAGAGCCCGGGGCGGAGGUACCCGGCCGGGUGCGGGCGCGCCUCCGGGGGCCGGCCCCUGAGCGCGGUGAGCUCCAUGGGCAGCUACUCGGCGGGCUGCAGCCCGGCCACGGCGCGCCACUCGGCCUCGCUGCUGCCGCCCCCGCCGCCCGAGUUCCUGCUGCCCGACAUCUGCGAGUUCAACCCGGGCGCGUCCUCCGGCAGCACGCAGUACGCCUCGAGCAGUGUGCUGGACGAGGGCGCCGAGGGCGACUCGCUGGACGGCGACAGCCCCGGCGCGCUGCAGCAGCAGGAGGCGCUGCGGACGCGCUCGCUGCCGUCCAGCGUGCGCAACAAGCAGCGGCCGCUGGGCUGCGAGGAGGACCUGGACCAGCUCUACGCCAAGGUCAACUUCAGCAAGAAGCGCAAGAACCGCAUGCGCCACGACGAGGCGGCCAUCAUCGCCAUCAGCAAGUCGCGCAGCCAGUUCCUCGACAAGAUGGCCGCCGAGCAGGACGAGGACGCGCUGGUCGACAACGAGGCCGUCAUCGUGUACAACGAGCGCACCGCCCUGUGAGCGGCGGGUGACUCGGCUGAAGACUUUUAGAUCUAGCCACUGGUCUAGAAAAAAAAAAAGAAAUGUGCUCAACUGGUACGCUGGGUGGAUCUUAAGCAUAACGAAGCCUCUCCAUGAACUCGAACUCGAACGAAUGUCGACCUUGAGAAAAAGGAUGUGAAUUCUGAAAAUGUAUAAUUGAAAAAUGACUUUCUUUUAGAAAUUGGUAAAAAAAGUCUGUUCAGUUUUAAGGCGCGUGCUGAUUCUGGUGUCGAUUGUGGUGUAGUACGU